UGCUAUCGCUGGUCUUAGUUCAUCACUCGCAAGCCAUCAUGUCCGGAUUUCCCACUCUUAAGCCUGCCUUCACCGUUCGGGUGAACAUAGAUGCCGCCCUAGCAGUUGGCAGCGCCUCUCGGUCCAACCCUCUACAGGUUGUGCCUAUGACCGGAGGUACCGUCAAGGGUGACUCUGGUUUCUCCCCCGCGCUCGACGCCGAAUUCGUCGGAGUGGGCAACGACUACAUCCACGCGGAUGCCGAUGGCAAGCACAUGCGAUUGAACGCGCAUGCAGUUCUUAAGACCAAGGACGAUGCCCUCCUCUACCUGAACUACACCGGUGUCGUCAACCUCACCUCAACAGAGCAGGCGGUCUUCGCCGGCACCGCCCCAGAGGAACCAUCACUAACAACCGGCGACGAGCGCUACAAGGACCUCGAGAACCGCGUGUUCGUCGGCCAGGGACGCUUCAACAUCGAGAGCGGCAAGCCAGUCGUUGAGUACAGAGUCAGCCAGGUUCUCCAGGGCUAAAUCAGAUCCUUUCGUGUCAGGGUGUACAAUUUUCCCGAUAGGACGAACGUCAAUCGAUGUAUCAACUCCAAGCGAAAUACUAAACAUAUCUUCCACUUCCACACAGACAA